AUGACAGCUUUAGAUAGUUUGGAGUUGGCAAUCCGCGAUGUUAGCUUCAAUCAUGAUGAACAUCCCAUCCAAAGAACUUUAGGAGUGCGUUGGGAUGUCCAGGACGAUGUUUUUGUAUUUGUUUGUCAGCCCAAGGACAAUCCUAUGACCAAACGGGGCCUUGUUAGCACGAUGAGUUCGGUAUUUGACCCCUGUGGCUACAUAACACCUUUCACAGUUCGGGCAAAGCUGUUGGCCCAGGAGCUAUGGAGGGAAGGAUUAGGUUGGGACCAACCCCUGCCUGAAGGACUCUUGCAAAAAUGGUCCACAUGGUUAGCUGAACUGGUAAAUUUGACCGUCUUCAAAUUGCCUAGGCACCACCCAAAUUUCUCUCCAACCGUCAAGGAUGUUGAACUUCACAUAUUCAGCGACGCGUCUGAAAUUGCCUUUGCCGCUGUGGCCUACUUACGCUAUCAAAUUGAGGAUGGAAUCAUUGUGUGCUCAUUUCUGUCAUCAAAAUCGCGUGUAGCACCGCUGAAAAUUCUUUCCAUUCCAAGACUUGAGUUACAGGGAGCUCUGCUAGCCGCCCGCCUAGGAAAAACCUUGGAGGAUGAACUGAAAUUGCGCAUUGACAGAAAAAUUCAUUGGACUGACUCACAAAUAGUCCUGAAGUAUCUCAACAAUGGGGCAAAACGCUUCAAGCCUUUCGUGGCUAAUAGGGUCGCGGAGAUAUUAGAUAUAACAGAUGGGCCGGAUUGGCGUCAUGUCGCUACCAAUCUGAACCCAGCGGACUGCAGUACAAGAGGCUUGCCCGUUAAAUCACUAACACCAGAAAGCUUGUGGUUCCAGGGCCCAACUUUCCUAAGUGAAGCUGAAGAAAAUUGGCCCAACUCUGAUAUUGAGCCAUCACAUGACCUUGACCCUGAGGAUCCAGAGGUAAAAAAGUCAGAGACAUUGCGUGCCGCUAUGUACAACCUUGCAGUAGAUCAACCUGAGAAAACGGACCAGCCAGGUCCACAGCAUGAUCUCACCCCGUUGAUUGUCCCCGAAGAUUAUUCCACUUUGAAACCACUGUUACGCCGAACAGCCUGGAUUCAACGUGCCUUGCGUAACUUUGCCUCCGCUGUUCCCCGCCUGGGACAUCACAUUUGCAAGGAACCUGAAAUCACCGCUCAAGAAUACGAAGACGCCACAUUACAUUGGGUCAGAGCAGCUCAGCAUGACACAUAUAGCAUGGAAGUGGACAGUCUAAAACGUGAGGACCCCCUGAGCCCCAAAAGCCAGCUCUUCAAUUUGAUGCCCUUUUAUGAUGUGGACAGUCAAUGCAUUAGAGUGGGGGGACGACUCCAGAAAGCACCAAUGCCAGGGGAUGCUAAGUUCCAGAUUAUUUUGCCUGCCAUGCAUCAUGUCACUCGUCUUAUUGCUGCGGACAUUCACAACAAACUGUGGCAUGGAGGGCAAGAACAUAUCAUUGCCGAAAUGAGACAACAGUAUUGGCCAGUUAAAGCCAGGAUGGUAGCCAAACGGGCUAUCAAUGGAUGUUUUUUCUGUUACCUGCGAAAAGUGAGGCCUCGGAUUCCAAGAAUGGCCGACCUACCGCCGUGCCGUCUAGAUGUCACAUCCGGCGUUUUCAGACAAUGUGGUGUGGACUAUUGGGGUCCAAUGAUGGUCAAAUUGCGCAGAAGUACGGUAAAACGAUGGGGGUGCUUGUUCACGUGCAUGAGCACCAGAGCCAUACACCUGGAACUAGCAGACUCACUAGAAUCUGACGAUUUCUUGCUGUGCCUCCGAGCUUUCAUAGGGAGACGGGGACAUCCCCUUGAAAUGUACAGUGAUAAUGGGACCAAUUUCAAGGGUGCAGACAAGGAACUGUCACAAUGUUUGCAGGAACUCAAUCAGAACAAAAUAUACGGCCUACUCUCACCUCAUAAGAUCAUAUGGCACUUCAACCCACCCUCUGCACCGCAUUUCGGGGGUGCAUGGGAACGGCUCGUACAAUCUGUUAAGAAGGCACUGAACACUACUGAUACAGUAUUACGUACUGCCUUGAUUGAGGUGGAGGCAGUCUUGAACAGUCGGCCGCUAACUCACAACAGCCCCGACCCUAGUGAUUAUACCGCGCUCACGCCGAACCACUUUAUAAUAGGCCGUGCUGAUAACAAAAUACCGCCUACCCAAUGUCAGGAAAAGGAAAUCAACAGUAGACGUAGAUGGCGCCAGUGCCAAACUAUCGCCGACAAAGUAUGUCGUCGCUGGCAACAAGAGUAUCUCCCAAAGUUGACAGCUCGUGACCGGUGGACGGAGGACAAUAAGUCUACUACAAUCGGCAGUCUUGUAAUGCUCCUGGAUGAGGACGCCCCCAGGGGCCACUGGGAACUAGGUCGAGUAAUUGCAGUCUACCCCGGAGACGAUGGAAGAGUGCGCGCAGUCGACGUCAAAACAGCAAGAAACACUUUCCGGCGACCUGUCGCAAAAAUUUGCAUUCUGGAGGAAAACGUGUAA